AUGGAGGGUCAGGCGGCUUCGGGCGCUGGCGGGGGGGAGGAGCCCCUGGGCUCUGGCAGGAUGAACCCGAAGCGGAGUGGGCGCGCCGCGGAAGAGGAGAGCCGGAACAAGCCCAAGCUGAAUAUUCAAAUAAAAACUUUGGCAGAUGAUGUGCGUGACAGAAUAACAAGCUUCAGAAAAUCAGCAGUGAAAAAAGAGAAACCUCUCAUUCAGCAUCCUAUUGACUCUCAACCUUCUAUAAGUGAAAUCCCGCUUGCCCAGGCACUUGUUGAUGAGCGUUGCAUGAACUUAUCAGAAAAAGAAGUUAUGGAUCUCUUUGAAAAAAUGAUGGAAGACAUGAACCUAAAUGAAGAACGUAAAGCUCCUUUAAGAGAUAAAGACUUGACCACAAAACGUGAGAUGGUUGUCCAAUACAUUUCUGCAACUGCCAAAUCUGGUGGACUGAAAAACAGCAAGCAUGAAUGCACACUGUCCUCGCAAGAAUAUAUUCAUGAAUUACGAUCUGGAAUUUCAGAGGAAAAGCUGCUUAAUUGUCUAGAGUCUUUGAGAGUGUCUCUAACUAGCAAUCCAGUCAGCUGGGUUAACAAUUUCGGACAUGAAGGUCUUGGACUUCUGUUGGAUGCGUUGGAAAAGCUUCUGGACAAGAAACAGCAAGAAAGUAUCGAUAAGAAGAAUCAACAUAAACUUAUCCAGUGCCUCAGAGCAUUUAUGAACAAUAAAUACGGUUUGCAAAGGAUUCUGGGAGAUGAAAGAAGUCUCUUGCUGUUAUCAAGAGCAAUUGAUCCAAAGCAACCACACAUGAUGACCGAAACGGUGAAAAUACUUUCUGCCCUCUGCAUUGUUGGAGAGGAAAAUAUUCUGGACAAGCUUUUAGGUGCUAUAACAACUGCUGCUGAAAGGCACAACAGGGAACGUUUUUCUCAGAUUGUUGAAGGACUGGAAAACCAUGAAUUCUUACAACUGCAGGUAGCAUGUAUGCAGCUCAUCAAUGCCCUUGUUACGUCUCCAGAAGAUCUUGAUUUCAGGAUACACUUGAGAAAUGAGUUUUUACGUUGUGGCUUGAAGAAGAUACUGCCUGGCUUGAAAGAUAAGGAUAAUGAAGAGCUUGAUAUUCAGCUGAAAGUGUUUGAUGAGAACAAAGAAGAAGACUUAAUUGAACUGUCACAUCGUCUCAAUGAUAUCAGAGCUGAAAUGGAUGAUGUGAAUGAAGUAUUUCAUCUGCUGUAUAAUAUGCUAAAAGAUACUUCUUCUGAAAAUUACUUCUUGUCAAUUCUCCAACAUUUCCUUCUCAUCAGGAGUGAUUACUAUGUCCGACCACAAUAUUACAAGAUAAUAGAAGAAUGCGUAUCGCAGAUAGUAUUGCACUCAAGUGGCAUGGACCCGGAUUUUAAAUGUAGAGGAAGAAUGGAUGUGGAUUUUACUCAUCUUAUUGAUGCAUGUGUGGACAAAGCUAAAGUAGAAGAGAGUGAAAAGAAAGCGGCAGAAUUUUCCAGAAAGUUUGAUGAAGAGUUCACAGCUCGACAAGAGGCACAAGCAGAGCUUCAGAAACGAGAAGAGAAAAUCAAAGAACUUGAAACAGAAAUCAAACAGCUACAAACCCAGGGUCCGGUCCUGACACAUAAACAGACAGAAGUAGUACCAUUACCUCCACCCCUAGCAAGUGAGAAUGCGCCACCAUCUCCAGCGCCUCCGCUACCUGGUGGAGCGGUACCUCCUCCUCCGCCACCACCUCCGCUACCUGGUGGAGCAAUACCUCCUCCACCGCCUCUGCUACCUGGUGGAGCAGCACCUCCUCCUCCUCCUCCACCACCUCCACUGCCUGGUGGAGCAAUACCUCCUCCUCCUCCACCGCCUCCGCUACCUGGUGGAGCAAUACCUCCACCACCACCUCCGUUGCCUGGUGGAGCAGCACCACCUCUUCCACCUCCACCACCUCCACUGCCUGGUGGAGCAGGACCACCUCCACCUCCUCCUCUACCUGGUGGAGCAGGACCACCUCCUCCACCACCGCUGCCUGGUGGAGCAGGACCACCUCCUCCACCACCGCCUUUCGGUGGGCCUCCAAUGCCACCAGGUCUUGGAGGUGUUCCUUUUGCUCCCUUUCCAGUGGUACCAGCGUUACCACAUGGGAUGAAGGAGAAGAAAAAGUAUAAGCUGGAAGUCGCAAUGAAGAGAAUCAACUGGUCAAAGAUUGAGCCUCAAGAGAUAGCAGAAAACAGCUUUUGGAUAAAAGUUGAAGAAGAUAAAUUUGAAAACCCAGAACUGUUUGCAAAAUUGUCGCUUACCUUUGGAACACAAAUGAAAGCUAAAAAGCCAGUAGAAGAAUCAGAAGAAAAGAAAGCAGCUCAGUCAAAGAAAAGGAUUAAAGAAUUAAGAAUUUUGGAUGGAAAAGCAGCACAAAACUUAUCAAUAUUUUUGGGUUCUUUCCGUUUGCCUUAUGAAGAAAUAAAAAAUAUAAUUUUAGAAGUUGAUGAAGAGAAGCUGAGUGAAUCCUUGAUUCAGAACCUAGUGAAGAAUCUUCCUGAGCAGAAAGAACUCAAUGCCUUAGCCGAAUUAAAGGAUGAAUAUAAUGAUCUUGCUGAGCCAGAACAAUUUGGAGUUGUGAUGAGUUCAGUGAAAAUGUUGCGGUCACGUCUCAACGGGAUCCUUUUCAGGCUUAUGUUCGAAGAGCACGUAAACAAUAUCAAACCUGACAUUAUGGCGGUUACACUAGCUUGUGAAGAGCUGAAGAAGAGUGAAAACUUUAGUAAGCUUUUAGAGCUAGUGCUGUUCCUUGGAAACUACAUGAACUCUGGCUCCAGAAACGCACAGUCUCUCGGGUUUAACAUCAGUUUUCUUUGCAAGAUUCGAGAUACUAAAUCAACAGAUCAGAAAACAACCCUAUUGCAUUUUCUGGCAGAAGUCUGUGAGGAGAAUUACCGGGACAUCUUAAAAUUUCCAGAUGAAUUGCAGCAUGUUGAGAGUGCAAGUAAAGUUUCAGCCCAGACUCUGAAGAGCAACCUUGAUUCAAUGAACCAUCAGAUCCAGCGCCUAGAAAAUGACAUCGAGAAUUUCCCUAAAACACAAGAUGAACAUGAUAAGUUUGUAGAAAAGAUGAGCAGCUUUGCUGAGAGUGCCCGAGAGCAAUAUGAAAAAUUGUCCAUCAUGCACAACAACAUGAUUAAAUUGUAUGAAAAUCUGGGAGAAUACUUUACCUUUGAUCCCAAAGCAGUAAGCAUAGAAGAAUUCUUCGGCGAUCUGAGCAACUUCAGAACUCUAUUUUUGGAGGCAUUAAAAGAAAACAACAAAAGAAGAGAAAUGGAGGAGAAAACGAAGAGAGCCAAAUUGGCAAAAGAGAAGGCUGAACGAGAGAAACUGGAGCGACAGAAGAAGAAGCAGCAGUUGAUUGAUAUGAACAAAGAGGGUGAUGAGACAGGAGUGAUGGAUAGUCUGCUUGAGGCCUUGCAGUCAGGAGCAGCAUUCAGAGAUCGCAGGAAACGAACACCAAGAGGACAGGAUUUUGAACUUGAUAGCUCUAUCUUCAGAUAA